UCGAUGACUGGCGACAGUGACAACCAAUGAGGAGGCGCAGACUCCGCCAAGCAGCCAAUGGUAGCGCGGUUCCGGGCGGCUGGUGUAUGAGCGGGGGCAGUGCUGAGCGGCGGAAAAUGGCGCCCAGCUCGAACUCUGAUCGAGAAGGAAAUAAACCAAAACAGGCGAAAAAACCCAAGCAGCACCUCAUAAAACUACUCAACAAGGGGCAGAUAUCAGGCCAGCUGUCGCACCGUCUCUUUAGGAAGCUCCCUCCUCGUGUCUGUGUCUCCCUGAAGACCAUUGUGAAUGAUGAGUUCUUGCGGGCAGGGCACAUCUUCCUGGGGUUCACAAAGUGUGGUCGCUACGUGCUCUCCUACACAAGUGACUGUGGGGACGAUGACUUCUCUUUCUACAUCUACCACCUGUACUGGUGGGAGUUCAACAUCCACAGCAAACUCAGACAGGUGCGUCAUGUUCGCUUGUUCAUGGGCGAGGAGAUCUACAGUGACCUGUAUCUUACGGUGUGCGAGUGGCCCAGUGACCGCUCCAAAAUCAUCAUCUUCGGGUUCAACACACGCAGCUCCAGCAGCAUGCUGAUGAACAUGAUGAUGAGUGACGAGAACAACCGUGACAUCUACAUCACUGUGGUGACCAUGCCCCCCUUUCAGUCUUGCAAGGCUUGCAGUGAGCUCGCGGCCACCACCAGACCAGGUGGCAGUGCCCAGUGCCUGCAGCACGGCUUCAUGCUGAACACCAAGUACCAGGUCGUGUACCCAUUCCCCACCUUUCAGCCAGCCUUCCAGCUCAAGAGGGACCAGGUGGUGCUGCUCAACACCAGCUACUCCUUGGUGGCCUGCGCGGUGUCUGUGCAUGCUGCAGGCGAGUGUGAGAGUGACCAGGUGCUGUACUGCAGGAAGGAUCCCCCUCACUCAGGGCUGCCUGACUCACUGAAUGCCUCCUCCUCGCCUUCAGUGCUUGAUAACCCCUGCAGUUCGCAUGAUCAGAAACCAGCCCCGCCUUGCUGUGAGGACCACUCCAAGCCCCGCUCCUCCACUUCUUGCCCCGACCAAUCGCUGGCUGCCUCUAAGGCACGGGAAUUUGCAGCAGACAUCUUCAGGAUGGCCCAGGGGAGAGCAGCAGGAGAGGAGUGGAGAGAGAGGAGAGAAGAGAGGGGAGGGGCGAGCAGUACCACCUCUGACCGCACAGGUCAAGUGGAGGAAGCUUUUCAGUGCGACACAGCUUCAGUAUCAGCUUCCUCUUCCUCCUCCCCACUACAGCAAGGGGGACCCGGGGCAGACGCUGGUUAUGUGAACUACACCAAGUUGCGCUACUGCCUGCAACCACAAGGGGGGGCCGAACAGGAGACUGAGUAUGAAGAUGAGAAGAUCCUGCUGCCCUUUACUAUGACUGACCUAAAGGGACGGAGUCUGCAAGCACUCAGAGGGGAGGCGCAGGGGCAGGGUCAGUAUGUGAUGGUGGAGCAGCUGACUCUGGAUUUCGAGUACGUCAUCAAUGAGGUCAUUCGGAACGACGCCGCCUGGUCCAAACAGUUCUGCUCCUUCAGUGACUAUGACAUUGUGAUCCUGGAGGUGUGUCCUGAAAUGAACCAGGUGGUGAUUAAUAUUGGGCUGCUACUCUUAGCAUUCCCUACACCAGAGGAAGGGCAGAUCAGACCCAACACAUACCACACCAGUCUGAAGGUGUCCUGGGACCUCAGUACUGGUGCCUUCAGGACUGUGGGAGUGGGGGACCUCACUGAGGUCAAAGUGCAGUCCAGUGGCAGCGUGUGGACCUCCUAUCGAAAGAGCUGUGUCAACACUGUGAUGAAGUGGCUGGUCCCAGAGAACAGCACCCGAUACAUCAACCGCAUGACCAAUGAGGCUCUGCACAAAGGGUCAUCUCUGAAAGUGCUGGCUGAUGGCGACCGAUACACCUGGAUAGUGCUGUGAAGACAGACAGAGGGAGGGAGAGAAAGGCAGGCUCGCCUCUGGAAGAUACUGGUUAAACAACACAGAACACAACUAUUAACAACAAUAUUAAUGUGAACAAGAGCAGGAAGAAGAAAUAGUCUGAAAACUACCUCUGAAAUACUGUCUCUGCAUUCCAAAUUUUAAUUAAUCAUCAUUAUUACUAUUAUUUUUUGUCACAAUCAUUAGUACUGUUGUUGUGCUUUACUGGAUCAAAAGAUUGCUCUGUCUGAAGUAGGAGGGACUGGGAGGGGGAGUUUAGACUUAAGUUGGUCCAUAUUUUAACUCUCAGUGCUUGAAAAUCCCACUCACUCGUUCUGCCUCAUAAAAGGAAUUAGAAAUCCUGUUACAGUCUGGAUUAUGCCUCUUGUGUUACAUUUCUGUGUCUGAUUGAAGGAAACCUUGCGGAGAACACUGGGGUCUGAGUGCUGUACAAGACCAAAAGCACAACCGCAUAGCUUAUUGUAGAUCACCAAAUGCUUAUGAAUGAAGAAUAAGUGUGUUUUAUGGUUGGUACAAAUCAUCCUCUCCCUAACGCUUAUAGUUGGUGUGAAUAGUCACAGACAAAAGUACUGGCAUCCUACAGUGAUUAUACCAUAAAUCAAGCUAACAGAUUAAGGACAAGCAAAGUAAAAAACAUAGUUUCUAGUAAUUUAACAAAUAUCUUCAAAAAAAAAAUAUGUAUUUAAUUUAAAGUAUUCGUUCAUGACAGCAGUAUUGGCACCACUGCAUUAGUAUUUUGUGACCUCCCUUUUGCUGUUAUUACAUUUUUCAGACGUUUCUGAGAAUUCUUAACCAGUAUGUUACUUCUUGGUGAAAUCUGUGUCCAUUUUGCCUUUCAUAUUUCCUUCAUCUUAGACAGAUUGGAGACACAAUGCUUGGCUACUGCCUUUUUCAGAUCAUUUCUGUUGAACUAAGAUCAAGUGAUUGCAAAAGCCAUUCAAGAACUUUUAUCAUUGCUUUCUUCAAGAAUUUGAGAGUUGACGUAGCCAUAUGUUUUGGGUCGUUGUCAUGUUGGAAGAUUAACUGUCUGCCAAUCAGUCUGUGAGCAGAUGGUAUCACUGUACUAUGUAGAAUGUUUUGAUACAUGGCUGCAUUCAUCCGAUCUUCAAUCACAUGAAUGUCUCCAGUCCCUAAACUGCUGAAACACCCCCAUGUCAUGAUCUAACCACCUCCAUGUUUAACUGUAGGUACAAGGUUUUCUUCAUUGAAGACAUUCCCUUUUUUUUCUCCAAACAUACUGUGGUCCAUAUUUAGGGAAACGUUCUAUUUUAUUCUCAUUGGACCAGAGAAUUUUUUUUUGGAUUGCUUCAAAUUCCUGUUUAUAUUUUUGGCAAAUUGUGGCUGUUUGUUUUAUGAAUUCUUUAAAAGUGGUUUGUAGUGAUGUCUUCCGUCUUCAGGUGCCUCUGUACAGUUCUUUCAUGCACUGUUAUGCCUGAUGUUUCUAAAUCUUUCUUUAAGUCCUUGGCUAUUAAUCUUUUUUUUUUAUUGGUUUUUUUUUGCUGCUUGGACGAUUCUCCUACCUGCUGUGCCUGUAAUUUUCUUUGGAUGGUCACUUCUUUCAAGUGUUUCAGUUGAAUUUGUUCUGUGGUGGUACUAAAUUAUUACUCUGAUUGUGGAUUUUGGUAUUCCAUAUUUCUUUUGAUACUGUUCAGUUGCCAUGUCCUUUGUUGUAGUUUUGUUACGAGUGCUUUUCUCAAACGUGAAUCCAGCUCCAACUCUUGACCAUCAUCUGUUUUGCCAAAACGUUCUUCUCAACAGAUGUUGGAAAUAAUUACCUAAUCUUCUAGCUAUUGAUUUGUUAAACCUACCAGAAAUUGUGUAUUUUGGUCAUAUUCAUUAGUGGCUAAUGUUCACUAAAUGCUUGAAUUUGAUGUAUUUUCUUGAAUUAUAUUAAGUUAGGGUGCCAAUACUUUUGUCUGCAACUGUACAUUCUCUCCCUGUCUUAAUUGUCAGUCAUUAAAUUAUUUGAUCUUAGUAUGUAUCAUGCAAGAAGCCCAUCAUCAGGACUGAACAUGUAUCGUGAUGCUUUUCUUAUCACAACCUGUUUUAUGAGAAGUAUCUUGUAUCGUAUCUGCAGCUGAGAGCAGAGUCCAGGGUUGAAGUGCUGACAAUAAGGAGACUAAUUCAGCAGGAAGGAAUUGAAUUGGGGAGUGGAGGGCCCUCUCCGGUUUGUACGUGUGUGUGUGUCUGGGCACAGUGUGGCCCUGGGGUCAGGGGUCAGGGGCCAGGAAAGUUUUGGAAGACUAAAGUUUGUAUUGUGAUUGUAUCAAAUUUCCUAAAUCACAGAUCUCGAAUGUGCAGUUUUGAAAGAAAUGCAUUUUAUAGUAAACAUGUAUUUUAUUUUUUAAAACAUCUGGAGUGACUUUGUCUUGAAAUGAGCAGCCAGUAAAGUUUGGUCCUGAUUCGAAGGCUGCUGGUUAAUACACAAGUUCCACUGCGUGAGGUUAAGCGCUUUGGGCAGAUACUCUACAUCGCAGGUGUGAGAGUGAGAUGUACUCCCACAGACUUAAUACAUGAUCAUCUUGUAAAAGGAUAGAAUAUUACUUGAUUCUGUCAAGAUUUUUUUUUUUAAUUUGUGCUUUUUUUGUAUUUUUUUUUGUUUUUAUUUAUUAUUUUUUUAUUUGUAUUUUAGUUGUUGGAAAAUACACAAGAUAGGUCUGCUUUCUGGCUGAUGAUGAUUGUUGCUGGGGUUUUUUUGUUUGUUUUUUAUUGGUUCUGUGCCAAGGAGGAGGAUGAGGGUGGACAGAGAAUUCAUCUCUGAAUAAAAAGGAUUUACGUA